GCCAGCCAAUGGCAUAGUUUGUGCGUAGUGAAGUGCAGAAAAAGUUUUUGAAUCUAAAACAAUCACUUAUUUUCACCCAAGUCUGCUUGGAUAGCACAUAGCUUAGCUGGAGGCAGAGGAGUGGUUCAAGACCCUGUCAAUUGAGUGCCUGGGGACCCGCCUCAAUGACAUCAGCCUGGGGGAGCCGGACCUGCUGGCAGCGGGGGUGCAGUGUGAGCACACAGGAUGUGUGACAGUGGGGAGGGGCUGUACACCUUCCAGACGCGGGAGGGAGAGCAGAUCUACCAGAGGGUCCACUCUGCCACACUCGCCAUCGCUGAGCAGCACAAGAGAGCCCUGCUGGAGCUGGAGAAGAACAGCAGGUUGCUGUCGAAAGGCUCGGAGGCGGGUUCGUACCCCUGCACCCCCACGGCCAUCCUGCCCCGCAGUGCCUUCUGGCACCACAUCACGGGCACGCCCGCCGGACUGGACAGCGCCAACGGUGACCUGUUCGGCGGUUCGCAGACGGACCCUGAGUCAGACCUGCUGCCCACACGCCUGCCCACAGAACGCCACAGCACCGUUCCCCUCCGUCACAGCCGGCACCCCCCCUGACACUACCCCUCCUACCCCAGCCAGUGAGGGGCGCUGUGGGCCCUCUUCCUUACCACCUCGUCUCUCACCCUCUCCUCUCCACUGGAGCACAGGACUUCAUUUCACCUUCCUGCCUUACCUACCCUACCACAACCCCACCCCACUCUACCCCAAAAGCACCACCCCCUCUUGGGCCAGUGAGGGGCUGGAAGGAUGCCAGGCAGUGGGGGGCAGGGUCUGAGGGAAUGCCCCCCCCCUUCUCGAAAGACGGGAGGAGCCAGGCCAUGCAGCCGCCACAUCUCCCAGCAAGACUACAACUCCCAGCAAGCCCCAGGGAGGAGCAUACAGGAAGUCCUGAAGAUGGAGAGGUCUGGAGCUGGAAGCUGACGUGGCGUAGUCGCAUUGGCCACGUAUCCAGACGCUUUUGUUUAUUCGUGACCCUUAUCUGUGUGAAUCUCUCUUGUGCAUGCCCCGUCAGAGAGGAACGUCAUGGCAAACGUGUGUGUGUGUGUGUGUUUGUGUGGGGGAAAGGAGGAAGGUUCCCUUGCGAUGCCUCCUGUGGUUUGAUUACCCCCGGACUGGUUUUGCUUUGGUCGUCAUGGUCCCUUUAGGGUUGCCAGGCCGACCCGGACGGACUUCUCCACCUCCUCGUGUGAGCCGAGUCCCGUCGAGGGUCCGGAGACAGAGUCGCACCCCGCUGCAAGUCUUCAGCACACAAGAAAAACCUGUCGCUGGACAAACCAAAGCCCACACGGUUCUGCAGCAUGAUUACAGUGUGGCUUGUAGCUCGCUUGAAUCCCUUCGACACACACAAAAGUCUGUAAGCUAAGAGGGUUCUGUCUCUCCAUUGAAAAUAAAUGCACAAUUCCCCAUAAUCGCACAGCAAGUCUCAGUGCUUGAGGAAGACAGAGCUUCAGUAGCCAUUCCCGGAAAAGAAGACGAAAGUCUGUCGUUUUCUUUCUCUUCCAUCCCUCUCUCAUUUUUUGUAGCUGACGGAGCAACUUGGACAAAUCUCUGUCCUCACCUCAAUUCUGAAUUCUGCUCGGGGCAAUCAGAAUGACCGGCACUGAGUUUGUACAUCAUUUGCAGAGAGGAGAGCAGCCAUUGGUCGGACCACAGGCAUGACUUUCCAGAGAUGUUUACGUCUUGUUUUUCAUUCAUCCAAUCAGAGGUCUUCUUCAUUUAGUAAUGGCAAAGUUCACUGGUGGGAGAGGUGGGUGUGGUUUCUUGAGUCUGCCUCUUUUUUUGGGAAUGUUGAAUCCUCUUCCCCGCUGUCUGUGAAAGAUCUGGGAAAGAAACCAGGCCAGGACCGGAAGAGACAGAUGAGAACGAGUGAAACUUCAGAUGUCUUAAUUUAUCCUUUACAAAAGAACCCACAUCUGAAUAAAACAUCAUGUAUCUUAGGACUUUGUGUUCCUAAAUGUUCAUACGUUUCCUUUCCUAAAACUAAUGUGAUGGUGGUGAUGAUGAUGAAGAUGAUAAUGAUUAUAAUAACUUAUUUGUGGGUGUUUAUUUCUUAUUUUGCUCCAUGAUGUUUUUGUUCUGACAGUAAUCUCGGUUACAGACCCGCGUGGUCUUGAAGUAACUUUUGCACUUAGAGUGAUGACUUUAAACAAUCUGUUUUAGACAACUCAGGAGAAAAUAGUUCUUCUAUCUGAGAGGUUGUUUUCUGAGUGUGAGCGAUAGGCACGGAGCGAGCUGUGGUCGGCGGAAUUCCCCAAGGUCGCGAGGUAGGGCAAUGAAACCUUCCCCUUCAUUUCUGUCCCGCCUGUCGAGCACGACCUCUAGGACGACCUUCACACCAAAUAAUUUCUUUAGGGCUAGGGAAGGUGUUCCACUCUGGCAGAGAGUGAUCUUACCUGCCCAGGACCGCAACCGCUGGUCAUGAACAUCACGUCCCAUAAUGCACUGCCCACAUCUUUUCCGCUCGUUAACCCUAGCUUGCCUUCACCAAACUGGAAUUCAUUUUCUGUAUCGAAAGUUUAUAUAUUGUGCUUUAGUAUUGUAUAGGGUGAUAGGUUGUGGGAGGGUAUUACUGACUGGCUAGUGAGGGAUAUUACUGAAUGAUUAUUGUGAUGGUAUCAUUGUGACUAUUGGGAGGAUAUUACUGAGCACCCUCCCAAUGGGGGGUAUGACUGAAUGAAUAUUUGGAGGGUAUUACUGAAUGACUAUUGGAAGGGUGUUACUGAAUGACUAUUGGAAGCAGUCUGGAUGAGGUGCGGAAUAUAAGCUCUUCAAACGAAAGCUAGACGAACGGCGGUUUUGCCGAUAAAGUUGACAUUCCCGAAUUACUUGCACCCUGCAUAAGACUGAAUGACUGGUAAGGGUAUUACUGAAUGACUAUUGAGAAGGGUGUUACUGAAUGACUAUUGGAAGGGUGUUACUGAAUUACUGGUAGGGGUAUUACUAAAUGACUAUUGAGAGGUUAUUACUGAAUGACUAUCGGGGGGUAUCACUGAAUGACGAUUGGAAGGGUGUUACUGAAUUACUGGUAGGGGUAUUUCUGAAUGACUAUUGAGAGGUUAUUACUGAAAUACUAGUGGGGGGGUAUCACUGAAUGAGUGGUGGGAGGGUAUUACUGAAUGACCGGUAGGGGUAUUACUAAAUGACUAUUGAGAGGUUAUUACUGAAUGACUAGUGGGAGGGUAUUACUGAAUGACUAGUGGGAGGGUGUUACUGAAUGACUAGUGGGAAGGUGUUACUGAAUGACUGGUAAGGGUAUUACUGAAUGGUUACUGGGAGGGUAUUACUGAAUGACUAGUGGGAAGUUAUUUCUGAUUGAUGGACAGGGCUGAUCUCUUUUUUUUGAGGGACAGUUCCUGCUGACAUAUUAACGUUUUAUGUGAUUGCACAUAGAGUAAAAGGGAUGAAGGGACCGUUUUGGGCACAUAAGUCCAUGAGCACAUGCGGGGUUACAUUGCUAAAGUGGGACUGUUGGUUUGUCCUGGAUUACUGCAGCUGUGGAUAGGUUUGGCUUGUGUUCAGCAAGGUCUGCUAGAGUGGAACACCUUUAUGUCUAAGGCUAGUUAUACAAUGCUGGAAUCUAAUAAAGACCACACGUGUAUGUAUAAUUUAUUCCAUGUUAACUUUAAGAAGGGCUAAGCUUUUGUUGAACAUAUCUCUUCCUUUAGUGUCAUGUACAGCUAUAUAAUCUGUUAUAUUGUUAUAUUGUUGGUUCCCAUCGGGCCCAAAUAUUUAUUUCACACGGUGUGUGUGUGAGAGAGAGAGACUUUUGGGAAGGGAAGAUUAGAUUUCUGUCCUUUAUGUAUGCCAUGAAAAGCUGCACACGUUGUGUAAUGGUGGGGAAACGAUGCCAGAUGUUAUAUUGUUUAUCCAGAAGUGUCUGUUGCUGAGCGUGUGAAGCAGGCC